AUUUAUCUAUGGCAAAUCUCAAAAUCGUUGCAGGAGACACAGUCGAUUAAAAAUUCUAAAAUUUCAAUAAGCAAAGAAAACAUGAGCAAAAAACUUACUGCGUUUCGUGCAAUUUUAUUUUUCAUAAAUUACAAUAUUCUAAGUUCUGUAAUCUGGAGCGUUUCCUCAUGGGCGUCGCAGUUCACACACGUCACGGAUUCCGCCGAAAGAGUCGAUAAUUAAAACUGAACUUUUGGAUCAGAGAUAUGAAGACGCGCGCUGCAUUUUCCUUGGCGGAGAUGCACAGCUCUGACACUAGACAAUAUUAUACACUCGAAGGGAACGCGUUUCGCCGGAAGAAUAAAUAAUUACAAAUGGUAUUCGUCAGUGAACAUUUUCAAACUGGGAAUAAUAUAUCAUAAGCAGAUUGAAAUGUGUGAACGUUUCAGUGUUUCGAAGACUAAGUUUCGUAGCAGAUUUUGAUUCCGUCACGGGAUGAUCGUCCACCGACACCGGAGGAUGCUUGUUUUCGGAAGCUUAGCUGUCGUGUUGGCGCUGAUACUAACGGCCAAGCGCGAGAAUAACGUUCGGUUCAUCAGCAGCGACAUGGAAAAUGCCAAGCCACGCGUCGUCUGGGAAUACAUGUCGGACUUCUCCAACGUGAUGAAGCUCAAUCCGACCAUAACGAAAUUCAUAAUAACGCACGAAUCGACGGACAGCAAACAAUGGAACUACACGGUCGAGUACGAAGAACACUUAUCUCAGAUUCCGUUCGUGAUGAACAAGAUUAUCGGUGAUUUCGUUGUAGACAAAUCGCAUUCGCAACGCGCAAUCAAAUCAACUCACCGGACAUGUUUCGCCAAGAUUUAUUGUUUGAACACCAAAUCGGAAAUGAUAUUCGUGGACCUGUCGAACGGCACCAGAAUCGUGGAGAAAAUCAAAUACGAAUGUCCGUGGAUGUUGACCAGGUUCUGUAUGAAUGAAGUCCUGUACCAGCGGAAGGAAAUAUUCAGACAGCUCCAGACUCUGUUCACGUACACAAAACAUUAGUGUUAUGAUUAUUAAUAUUCAAAUUAUUAAUAUUAUUUUGUUUAAUUUGCUUUUAUUUAAAAAAAAAAAUAUGCAUAUAUUUUUUUAUUCAUACUCCGUCUUUGUCGUAAGAAGACAGUGCGCAGUUUGUUAUCCUACUAUCGUUUAAUUAAUAGCUUCCGAGAAAUAAAGAUUUGCGCUCCCCCAUCCUCAAAUAAGAACAAAAGAACAAAUUUAAAUUGUUAAUUCUUAUUUUCGACUUUUUUUAUUUUUAUUUUAUGUAAGGGAUUAAUUUUCUUUCGACUAGAUCGAAAAGAAUAAUAAUAAAAAAAAAACCGAAUAAUAUUAUUAUUAACGCAUUCUUUUAACGGGAUUUUACUUGGCGCUCUACGCAAAGAAUAAAAAUAAAAUAAAAUAUUGUGUUCUGGCGGUAGCUGAAUGCAAAUGAAAGAGCUCGAUUAACAUUACAACGUUUUCCUUACAGAUUAACAUUCCGACUAAUACCUCUUCAACAUAAACAAUAUUUUUUUUUGUAUGGUCUUGUGAUUUGAAGUAUCCAGUGUAUACACAUUUUUUUUUUGCAUUCAUAUAUAAUAAUAAUAUUUUCAAACCAGCACCAAUCCCAGUAAAUGACCGUCUACGGCUGAAUGUUUAUGCUAUAUAAAUGCACAGCGCACACAGGCCAGCCUAAAACGUUUCUCGUUAUACACGAUAUCAAAUUUUCAUAUUUAAUUCGAAACAUUUGAAUAAUGUAAAGCGCUUUAUUAUGCUUUUGAACUCGCAAUAAACAUGUGAAAAUAAACACCUGUCCCGUCUGUAAUUUAUCAAUAUUAUAAAAUCUCGACUUUUAUUUCUCCGUGUAAACGUUGAACAAAAAAAUUCCUCGGUUGUUUGUGAAUAAAAAAAAAGUAGGUCACCGAUAGAAUUAUUGUAUAGCAUAUUAAUAGAUAUGAAAAAUAAUUAUGUAUAUAGGGUCAUUCGUAAUAUUAAUAAUGGUUUUAUUGUUUUAAACCAAGAACCGAAAACAUUUUUAAAAACCAUUAGGUAAGCCCCGUUCGCUUUAAUAAUGCUUAUUCAACUUUUUAACAGUCUCUUUAUUUUAUUUACGAAAUAAAUAAAUAUUAGUUUAAGUGUUUAAUUGUUUACGUAUAUAUCAUUAUAAUAAAUCAUAUUCGUUAUAAUAAUAUAUAACUAUACACACAACACAAUAAUCGGUCUACGUUUUAUUUACAACAAAUCGUCUCAUGGAAAACAUGUGUUGUAUGUACAAUGAACCUAUAUAUACAUGGAAUACAUAUAUUGC